GACUUUGACCGUAGCGAAAGAGGGAAGAAGAAAAGUCUCACUUUCCUCUUUCCUUCUUCAAUUCCUUCGCUCGUGUCCUCUCAAACCAGUAUAAAGCCAAUCCCAAGCCUUUGAUAAUCACAAACUCAACUCAUUUGCUCAAUCGAGCUCUUCUCGACUCAACUGUCUAUACCUUCACAACUCGAUCUGUCCAAAACUUGGUCUCUCUAGAUUCAUAUUUCAAUCUCUUAUUAAAGGGUAUCUAUGUGUAGUGGUUCAAAGAGUAAACUUUGCCCCUAUAAUUUGGUCAUGAAGACUGAAAUUCCAAAUCAGAAAGAUGGGUUUUUCUCUGAAAGCUCUAUUUUACUCGAAUUAUCCGCCUCGGAUGAUCUAGGUGGCUUCAGAUUGGCUGUGGAAGAGAAGGGUUUUGAUGUGGAGGAGUUAUGCUUUUGGUAUGGUAGAAGAAUUGGGUCGAAGAAGAUGGGGUUUGAAGAGAGGACACCCCUCAUGAUUGCUUCCAUGUACGGAAGCACUGAGGUUUUGAAGUAUAUCAUUGGAACUGGCAAGGUUGAUGUCAACAGGGCUUGUGGUUCAGAUGGGGCAACCGCUCUCCACUGCUCUGCUGCUGGUGGCUCCACCUCCUCGGUUGAGGUCAUCAAGCUCUUGCUUGAUGCAUCUGCAGAUGUGAAUUCUGUGGAUGCCAAUGGAAACAAGCCAGGGGACUUGAUUGCUACUAAUUUGAAGAACUUGGCUUCGAGUCAUUCGAAGAUGAAGAUGAUGGAGAUGUUGUUGAACGGCGGUGAUACGGUUGAGGAAGGAUCUUUGUGGAAUGUUGCAAUUGAUCACAACACUAGCCAAGAGGUAGAGCAGCAGGGUAACACGAUGUCCCAAUUACCAAAAGAGGGUACUGAGAAGAAAGAGUAUCCUAUUGAUAUAACCUUGCCUGAUAUAAACAAUGGGAUGUAUGGGAGUGAUGAGUUCAGGAUGUAUAGUUUCAAGGUGAAGCCUUGCUCAAGGGCAUACUCCCAUGAUUGGACUGAGUGCCCAUUUGUCCACCCAGGGGAGAAUGCCAGGAGGCGUGAUCCAAGGAAGUAUAGCUACAGCUGUGUCCCAUGUCCGGAGUUCCGUAAGGGGAGUUGUGUGAAGGGGGAUGGCUGUGAGUACGCCCAUGGUGUCUUUGAGAGCUGGCUUCAUCCUGCACAGUACCGAACCCGGCUUUGCAAGGAUGAAACCGGGUGCUCGAGGAAGGUCUGUUUCUUUGCACAUAAGCCCGAAGAGUUAAGGCCGUUGUAUGCUUCCACCGGCUCGGCUAUGCCUUCUCCAAGGUCAGUCACGUCCAGUGCGAUGGACAUGGCAACGUUGAGUCCCAUGGCUCUCGGGUCAUCAUCUUUGUUGAUGCCUUCGACUUCAUCAGCACCAAUGUCUCCCUCUGCUGCCUGUUCAUCACCCAUGGCUGGAAACAUGUGGCAUAACAACAAGGUGAACCUCACCCCACCUGCGUUGCAACUCCCUGGCAGCAGGCUGAAGACAGCUUUGAGUGCCAGAGAUUUGGAAUUGGAAAUUGAAUUGCUUAAGUUGGACAAUCUCCACUUUGGAAAGCAACAUCAGCAGCAAUUGAUUGAUGAGAUGUCUGGUCUCUCUUCCCCAUCCUACUGGAAUAAGGAAUAUAAUCGGAUGGGGGAUUUGAAACCUACUAACCUUGAUGAUGUAUUUGGAUCUCUCGAUCCAUCCUUGUUGUCUCCAUUGCAGGGUAACUCACCAAAAGUUUCAACCACCACCCAGUUGCAAUCUUCAGCUGGGGUUCCGAAUCAGAUGCGCCAGAACAUGAAUUUACUUCGGGCAAGCUACCCCAGUAACGUCUCGUCCUCACCAGUGAGGAAGCCCUCCAUAUAUGGGUUCGACUCUUCUGGGGCAGUGGCAGCAGCAGUCAUGAAUUCAAGGUCUAAUGCCUUCGCGAAGCGGAGCCAGAGCUUUAUUGACCGCGGAGCGGUGAGCCACCAUCUCGGGCUUACUGCAGCAGCUAAUUCUGCAAGUUUGACAUCAUCCAGUCUUUCUGAUUGGAGCUCUCCUAAUGGGAAACUGGACUGGGGAUUUCAGGGUGAAGAGCAUAAUAAGCUGAAGAAGUCUGCCUCUUUUGGGUUUCGAAGUGGUAAUGCGGCAACAACAAGAACUGGGAUGGCUCCAUCUACAGCGGGUGAGCCAGAUGUGUCAUGGGUUAACUCAUUGGUGAAAGAUGUGUCCUCUGUGGGUGCCGGGCUUUACCGUUCAGACCAGACUCGCGGAGGCGCUCACGAGAUGCUCCCACCAUGGGUGGAGCAGUUGUACAUAGACCAGGAGCAGAUGGUGGCAUAAGCAACUUCACUGCCAUAUCCAUGCUCCAAAGCUAUCCCAACAAGUUUUACUUCCUUAGAAUUGUUAUUGAUAUAUGCAGGUAGAAGUAGAGAUGAGAAAAGAAAAUAGACCACAAAAUGCAGCAGUUAGAUCAAGAGAAGUUCUGGUAGCAAUAAUAUGACGAAGAUGGAAUUAGAUGGGAGAAAGAAGUGGGAAUUUUUUAUAUUUAACAUAUUUGUUUUCAUAUCCUUCUGGGGAAUUGUUUUACCCCGCUUUAAUUCGAAAGAAGAAAUGUAAAUUAUGGGGAAGACCCUUAAUUCUUUUUAUUUGUUGUAUUCCACUGAAUACUUGUAUUCUCCUUUAUAAAUGAUUUUUGGUUUUGGGAGCA